GCUUCAACCAAUGACGAGCAGGAAUUCGACAAAAAUUGGGGAAAAAAAUGUAUGAAAACCGAUAUCACAGUGCAAUGCAUAAUGGAGCUGAUUUUGUUUCAGUCUUAAUUCAACUGAAUUGAAUAUCUUUUAUUCAAUUUUUCCUAAAGACUCAUACAACGUUGGGAAAUAUUCUGAAACCGAAUGGGAAUGAAAUUAUUUUGUGAUGUUUGUGCAGUUCGUCUGACAAUUGAUGACAGAUGCAAUUAUAUUGUGUUGAGGCUGGAAUGCUAUGCACUUUAGUGGGUUUGAAAUAUUCAAAAUCAAAAGUGGCAUAAUUUAGAAGGAAAUUCUAUUCUAUUUAUAUGAAUAAGAAUUCAAUCAAUAUUUAUAGUUAAACCAAAUCCGUUCGAAAAAUACCAAAUUCUCCUAAAAAUUUCAAUUUCACAUUUUUAUUUGAUCUCAUAAAAAAAAGUAAUGAAAAUGAAAUGAAAAUAUUCGAGGGAGUGAAACAUUUUGCGAUUUCUUCAGUGUUUUAAAGUCGUAUUAAAAGUCGUUAACUCAUAUUUUAAAGUCGUAUCAAAUUAAUUGAAUUGAAUUGCAUUGUUCAACAAUUGAAUUCACACGACUCACGCUUUGAUAUGCCAUCAAACUAAUGAAUCAACUAUCGCUAUUUUUGCAAACAUUGACAAAACCAAAGCUAAUAAAAAUGAUAAGAUCAGUCAUGUUAGGAAAACAAACAACAAUCGUAUGCCCUUGUUUCAAAUGAAUGGUUUGGAGCGAAAAAAAAAAUACAGAAAAGUUGAGCGGAAAAAUGUCGAUGAUGAAUGAGCGGAAAAGGGAUAGCUAUAUAGUAAACUGUAUAGUGAACUAUAUAGCUAUCAUUUUUCAUUUGACAUUUUUCCGUUCAACUUUUCUGUAUUACAUUUUCGCUCCAAACCAUUCAAAUCAUCUUCAUUAUCACCGUCCAAACUUAGAAAUAAUGUGUGAAUUCGAUAAUGGGCCAGCAAUUUUGUAAUAAAUUGCAUAUUUCCGUACUUCAAGCUACGAACAAACAAUACUCUCAUUAAUCGUUUAGUCAAGUAUAUGAAGUGGAGGAGAGUAGAAUAAGUUCUUCAAGUUUAUUUUAAGUUUCAAAUAGAAAAAAAAUGUGUGACUCCAAUGAAACUGGAAGCCUAAGCUUCGACACAAAGGCAAUACACGCGGGACAAGAACACGAGCGAUGGAGUAAUGCGGAGAUAGUACCACCGAUUGUGACAUCAGUUACAUACUAUCAAAAGGAUCCGACAAAUAUUUUUGCAGGAUAUUGCUAUGGACGUGAUGGUAAUCCAACCCGUGAUGCAUUGGCACGAUGCUUGGCUGCUUUAGACAAUGGCAAAUAUGGACUGAUAUUCCCAUCGGGUUGUGCAACAACAACGGCUGUGAUACACUUACUCCAAACCGGUGACCACAUUUUAUCGUGCUCCGAAACAUACGGUGGAACUCGAACGAUUUUUCUCACCCAAGCCAAAAUGCAAGGCAUCGAAGUCGAUUUUGUUGAUUCAACCAAUGUUGAAUUAUUUGCAUCUGCCAUUAAACCCAAUACUCGGUUGAUCUGGUUAGAAACGCCAUCGAACCCGUGCUUGAAAAUUUCCGAUAUUGCUGCUAUCGCAAAGGCAGCCCGUUCCCAUAAAGAUAUCAUAUUUGUGGUUGAUAACACAUUGAUGACGUCGUAUUUUCAACAACCGAUGCAGUUGGGAGCUGAUAUUGUAAUGUAUUCUCUCACGAAAUACAUGAAUGGACACAAUGAUGUGUUAGCUGGCGCCCUUGUUAUUAACGAUUCAAAAAUUUACGAAGAUUUAAAGUUGAUUCAAGUCAAAUUUGGUUUGACAUGUUCACCGUUCGAUUGCUUUUUGGUGAAUCGCGGCCUGAAAACGUUGCCGCUGCGAAUGAACAAACAUUGCGAGAAUGGCACGGCCGUGGCUCGUUACUUGGAAAAGCACCCGAAAGUUGUGAAAGUCAUACAUCCGGGUUUGCCGUCGCAUCCUCAAUAUGAAUUGGCAAAGAAGCAGAGUUCAGGUUAUUGUGGAUUGGUCGUCGUUCAAUUAUCUGGGACAAUAAAUGAAGCCACGAAAUUUAUUCAUAAUCUUAAAGUGUUUUUGUCAUCGGAUAGCUUUGGAACAUGCACCAGUUUCGCUGUGCUUCCAGCAUAUGCAAGUCAUAUCGAUGUACCGAAAGAAGUUCGCGAGCAACUGGGGAUAUUCGAAACAACUGUUCGAUUAUCAGUUGGGAUAGAAAAUACUGACGACCUCAUCAAAGAUUUGGAACAAGCGCUGGUAAAAACGUUCGAAUAGUUCGAAUGCAUAAAUACAUAAAAAAGUUUUGAUUCAGAAGAUUUUAAUUUUGUUGUAUCAAAUGAUAAGGUCAUCGAAUUAAAUUUUCUUAAGACUAUUGAAAGAAAUUCAUUAGGUGAUAAAGAAAUAUUAUUGACGAACGGAAAUUCCAGACUUUCAUUCGAAUUUGAUAUGAAAACAUUGUUCACAACUUAAUGGAAUAACGUUUUGAUGCGAAUUAAUUAAAUUUAGUCUGAUGGACUGUAAUUAAACUUUGAUUUUUCAACAA